AUGGAUACCGGAACAGCAGCUAAUAAACAAGAAAAAGAACGAUUGCAUGCAAUUCCGAAAGGUAAACCAAAAAGUGGUCGUACUUGGAAAUUGAACAAAGGAAGAUAUUCUGCCAUAUCUCGGCCAAAGUCUCUCAAACUUUCCUAUGAAGAACGUAUGAAGAUGAGAGCUGAUUUAAAUGAAACUCGCAAUCGUGAGAAACAGAUGUGGAACGAAGUGAACGAAAAACGCGAUAAACUUAAACAACGUCAAAAAGAAAACAAGGAGCGUCGUCUAGUCAACGAACGUAAAGGUGAAGUUGUCCAAGUGAUUAAAAAUCCAACUAAAAUAAAACGCAUGAAAAAGAAACAAUUGCGUUCGAUUGAAAAACGCGAUCUUGAUAAACUUAAAGCUAAAAAAUCUGCUUAA